CCUCCGCGGAGGGAAACGUGCGUAACCUUCAACUUGGGCAUCAGUGCGUCUGACAGCGCGUCGCUCCCACAGCGUCCAGAGGAACCCAGUUCGAUACCCCGUCGGUCAUCACAAGUCGCUUCCCACUUUUGUUGUUUGACCCCAAAAAGGUCGAGAAGAUGGAUCUCCAAGCUGACAAGCGGUUCCACAACCUGACGGUGGAGCAGGUCCAGGCGCUGGACCAGGUGCUGACGGAGGUGUUGCCCAUCUACGGCCGGGGGAACUUCCCCACGCUGGAGGUGCGGGCCAAGGACAUGAUCCGGGGGGUGCGCGAGCGCCUGGCCGAGCGGAGCAUCGUGGUGCGCGACGUGCGGCUCAACGGCGCCUCGGCCAGUCACGUGAUGCUGCGGGACAACGGCCUCGGCCGCCGCGACCUGGACAUCGUGUUCGGCGUGGACGUGCCCCGCCAGGAGGACUUCCAGGUGAUCAAGGAGGUGGUGCUGGGCGUCCUCAGGGACCUCCUGCCCUGCGGCGUCAACCGCAGGAAGAUCACGUGGCUCACCAUGAAGGAGGCGUACGUGCAGAAGAUGGUGAAGGUCUUCAACGAGCACGACCGCUGGAGCCUCAUCGCGCUGUCCAACAACCGCUCCCAGACGGUGGGUCUCCGCUUCGUCAGCUCCCUGCGGCGGCAGUUCGAGUUCAGCGUCGACUCCUUCCAGAUCAUUCUGGACCGCAUGCUGGAGUCGUACUGGGAGAGCGACAGGAAACAGGAAGGUCGUACGGAGCCAAAGGAGGAGAGGCUGGCGGGUCUGGAUCAGCGAGUCUUGCCGCAGACAGAGGCGGCGGAACCUCUGAUCGCUCCAGGUCAACCUGAAGCUGAGGGAAGGGACUUAACGAUGGAGAGGGGAGGAGGAGACCAGUGGGAGAGCCCGGGUGCCGUUGGGUCUGAGAAGGAUCUUCUGGAGCCGUUGGCAGAGCCUGUGAGUGGACCGCCUGACGUCCAGCAGAUGGCAGAACCGGAGAGUGCUGGAUCCCAAGGGACUCAGAAAGAAGUAAUGGUGGAAACGAUUAGAGAUGACCCAUUGGGAGAGGAUGUCCAGUUAGAUCUGGGGGGGGGAAAGGUGGAGGAGGAACCCAAUCAAAGAAAGCCUUCUUUGGUUCCAUCGUCCGCAGACGUCAUGGACCCUUUGCCGAAGCAGGUCUCUCGGAAACCACCGAAGACCGAAGAGUUGUUUAAGUCAGAAUCUUUGAUAGAAGCGACUGCCCUGCACCCAGAAAUAUCUCUGAGCUUAGAUCCGGGUGUGAUCCAGGUCCAACGUAAGGAAGGUGCUGGAUCCAAAGCAGGUCCGUCCGUCCUCAGGAUUAACAACGAGUCUAUCCUACAGGAUCCAAGUCUAGAAGGUUCCUUCCCUCCUCCGGCCAAGAAAACCUGCAGCAGCUCCCAGGGCGCCGUGCCAAAGUUCUGUCCUUCUCCGAUCCUCCAGAGGAAGAUGUCCCGCAAGACCCUCAUCAAGUCCCCCCCUCCUCCCCCCCCCGAGGAGAAGUGGUCUCUGCUGACGGAGAUGACCACACAGCUGUUCCCUCCCAUCGAAAUACCGAAAACCCUGCAGCCCCGGGCGGACGGCGUCGAGGACCACCGCUCCAGGUCCCCUUCCCUUCCAGACCCCCAAGGCUCGGGACCCCUGGUGGAACGUGUCGCGGUCGGCCAGGCGGGUUCCUUACCAGAAGUGACCGUCGUACCACAGAGUGCGGAACACAGGGACAACGACCCGCUCCCCUCAACAGAACCUCUGGACUCCGCCGCCGCCCCCCGAGGCGUCGAGUCUGCAGCCCCGCCGACCGGGCUGACCAAUCAGAAUGCACCGACGGACGUGGCGGCGCCCGCCGCCGGCGCGGGGUCCUCCUGGGCGGGGGUCGGAGGUGAACCCCUGGUCACCGUGGCGGCGGAGUGCAUGUACGGCGACUUCCAGCAGGCCAUGAACCACCUGCGGGGCCGGCUCAUCGCCACCCACAGCCCCGAGGAGAUCCGGGGCGGGGGGCUGCUGAAGUACAGCGACCUGCUGGUGAGGAACUUCCGCGCGUCCAGCGAGGCGGAGAUCCGCUCCCUGGAGCGCUACAUGUGCUCCCGCUUCUUCAUCGACUUCCCCGACGUGGCCGUGCAGCAGCGCAAGAUCGAGGCCUACCUGCAGCGGCACUUUGUGGGCGGCGGCGACUGCGAGGCCAGCCGCUACGACUUCCUGAUGACGCUGCGGCGGGUGAUCGACGAGAGCACCGUGUGCCUGAUGGGCCACGAGCGGCGGCAGACGCUCAACAUGAUCACCGUGCUGGCGCUGCGGGUGCUGGGCGAGCAGAACGCCAUCCCCAACACCGCCAACGUCACCUGCUUCUACCAGCCUGCAGCCUACAUGGCCGAGCCCAUCUUCAGCAGCUACUACUUCCCCCAGCCCCAGCCCCAGCUGGUGUACCACCACCCGUACCCCCUCCAUGUGCAGCUACCCUCGGGCCUGGUGUAGCGCCGGCGGCACGGCCCUUCGCAUGUCCGCUGCACAGGGUUGCAUUGUGCUUGAAGCCCUCAUGGGUUGAGGAGGAACUGGCUAGCAUGGGCGCAGUUAUGUGGAACGCUUUAACCCGGCUCCUGUCUGUCUGCACGGGCUGAGGACUGGGGAGCACUGGGACAAGGAGGUAUACUCCAGCAGCUCCUUUGUCUGUCUGAGGGGAGGGACGGUUUCACUGCGAAGGAAAAGACGGUUGCUAUUUCGGCCGGGCUUUGAAAGAACCACUGAUUGAAGGGUUCUAGUGUGUGAGGCGCGGAGCAACGGUCCUCAGAACCUCUGAAUGAAACUCUCUCGUAAGAUACUUGAUAAGAUGGUCGCGUAUCAAUUGAAGAUGAAUUUAGCUAAUCAAUGUUUAAAUAGGUUUUAAAGCCCAUACAUGCCUACUUGAGUAUAUGGAUGCAUACUCUAAGAAGAAUCUUGACUUAUCUUAGUGGAGUGGUAUCAAAUAUACAUAUGUCAGCAUGUAUGUUUACUGUAUAGGAAAAAUAGAUAAUCCCUACUUUGUUAAGAAAUUGCAAGAUUUGUCUCUCGUGCCACAAAGAAGUUGGUUUAGUCUCUUUGUUUGUUGUCUUGGUAGAUUCGAUUUUGCCAACUUUCACCUUAGUAAUUUUUAAUAGAUAUCGUCUGUGUAUUAAGUGUUGACAGUAGUUAUGGAAAUUGUCAACAGAAAAUGGGUGUGAACACAUAUCAAGAUAUGCUCCUUCUUUACUUUGUUCCUGUUCGUUCUCGUUCUUCACCGUGCUCGUGUGUUUCGAGCACAGUGUUAAUGUCGAUGGUUGUGAGUGGUGACUACGUGUCGUUGGGUGUUUACAGGUAUAUUCGUCUUCCGCCACAAGCGUCUCCCGCUGACUCCUGCAUUAUGUAUUCUGCUCAGAACUUCCGGUCCUCAGAUCUGAACUAUACUUCAUAUUCGUCACUCAAAGACAUUGGUCCAUCUCAUCAACUUUAGUGUGCGGAUUACCAAUGGAUGGUUUGGGUGUGGUUUGGUUGUCAAUGUGAUAAUAAACACCGU